UGCUUUUGUAUUUGAUACUUGAAUGGAUAUUUGCUCUAGUUUAUGCUUCUGUAUCUAUGGAGCAUGAGCAUGACCCAAUUUAGAAUAGCAUACUACUAGUUUUACCUUAUCUUGAUAACAUAUUUAUAUACAACCAGGGAUAUAUUUUUUUUGUUAUUCGAAAAUAUGUUCUAUGUUUGGAUAUCUGAUUUUAUUUUGUUUCCUAUAUAUUUUUGAGAUGGGUGAGAUGGACAAGAACAAACCUAUGAAAAUCUCCUCCAGUGGGGUGGAGCACUAAUGGAACUAUCUGUUUAUGAAGAUGCUGAUGCUGCCAGAGAGAGACUAGCAGAUGCAAUUGUGAAGCUAAAUCUUGCUAGACAUUUGGAGGGUGGUCAGUCAUCAUCAAAAUUAUUGGCUGCGCAUGCAUUCAGACUAGAAAUUAGUCCAGAGGAUUAUCACUUAAAGCAGCUAGACAAAGAUCUUUCACGUCAUUAUUUCCAAGUCGCAAGAAACCUUGAACCAACAAAUAAACUCUAUGUCGAGUCAAAUGAGAAUGCUGUACUGGCUUUUCUCAAGAACAAGCGUACGUGGGGUACUUUAGGUGCUGGUGCUCUUGGAUUCUGUGUCUACAAGCUUGCCUUUGGCCUCGUCACUUUUCUUCUCUUGGCUGGGGGGAACUGA